AUGGCUAGCAAAGUGGGAACUGUGGCCGCCGUGGGCCUGGCGGCCGGUAUGCAGCAGCGUCUGCUGCACCGGGCCCUUCCGAUGGUGACGGCGCGUCGUGUGGGCCGCGUCGGGAUGCGGAGCAUGCCUGCCCGUGCCCGGGCGCUGCAUGCCACGCCGCGGGUCUGGGAGAAAAAGUCGGCUGAGUCGAAGGAAGUCUCGACCGAGCCCAAGCCCUCGAUCCCCGUGCGUGUGUGGAACAAGGUGAAGGAGGAGGCUGCGCACUACUGGUCUGGCACUAAGCUGCUCGGAAAAGAGGUGUCGAUCUCGACGCGUCUGCUGCGUCGCAUGAUCCUCGGCUACAACCUGACGCGUCGUGAGCACCGCCAGCUGCGCCGUACGAUGGGCGAUCUGCUGCGCUUGAUCCCCUUUAUUCCGUUUGUGAUUAUCCCGGCUGCCGAGCUCCUGCUUCCGGUCGCGGUCAAGCUCUUUCCGAACAUGCUUCCGAGCACCUUUGAGAGCAAGUUUGCCGUGGAAGAGAAGCGCCGUCGUCUCCUGAAGCUGCGCCUGGAAAUGGCCAAGUUCCUCCAGGAAUCCAUCAAGGAGGGCGGUCUGCAGGUCUCGGAAGAGGUCAAGGACUCGGACGCCUUCAAGGAGUUCUUCCGCAAGGUGCGCACCACCGGCGAGUCGCCUACGAAGGAGGACGUGAUCAAGGUCGCCAAACUCUUUGACGAGGAGCUCACGCUCGACAACCUCACGCGUCCCCAGCUCGUGUCCAUCUGCCGCUACAUGCAGGUGAACGCGUUCGGUACCGACAACUACAUGCGCUUCCAGAUCCGCCACGCGAUGAACCGCAUCCGCCGCGACGAUCUCGUGAUCAGCAUGGAAGGCACCGACUCGAUGUCCUUCCAGGAGCUGCUCUCUGCGUGCCAGAGCCGCGGUAUCUGGACGCAAAACAUGUCGGAGGAGGAGCUGCGCGAGAGUCUCAACGUCUGGAUCAACCUGCACUUCCGCGAAAAGAUCUCGGGCACGCUGCUGAUCCUCUCGCGUGCGUUCUACUUUGUGGGCAACCCGGGCGAGAAGCACAAGUCGUUCCAGGACAUGCAGCUCAAGGGUCUCGAGAUGACCAUGAGCUCGCUGCCAGAGUCGCUCCUGAACGAGGCCGAGCUGCACUUUAGCAAGGAGGCCGCGACGAACAAGCAGCGCCUCGAGGUCCUCGAGGAGCAGGAGCACCUCAUCGAGGACGAGGCCGAGCAGGAGGAGGAGCAGCAGGCCGCACGCGACGCGGACCGCAAACGCAAGGAUGCCGAGAAGCGCCGCCAGUCGAGCGAGAAUGCCGAGGCGUCGCGCAUCCUGCCCAAGACGUCCAGCGACGGCCAGGGCGCCGCUUCGCCCGAGGUCGCCACGGCCAAGGGCGGCGACGACGUGCGCAUGACGCAGGAGCAACUCACCGAGCUCGGUGAGGCGCUCAGCAUCCUCAGCGCCAAGUCAUCGGUGCUGCGCGAGCGCGAGGAGCUCUCGGAGCUCAUGGCCUCGCUGCCCCCCGCGCAAGAGGCCGACGGCAAGACGGCCGACGACGAGGCGCCGGUCGCGUCAGGCAAGGUCAAGGCGCUGUACAAGCGCAUCCGCUCGAUGCUCCAGCGCAUCGACAAGCAGCUGGAGGAUUACGACCGCGACGUCGGCAGCCGCAUGCACCUCAUCCAAACCUCGUCGACGGGCAAGAUCAGUGCGGACGACCUCGAGCAGGCGCUGCGCCUGAUCAAGCACCGUCCGGACGAGGACGAGCUGCAGAAGAUUGUCGACAAGCUCGACGUGGACCUCGACGGCCUCGUGCCGCUGGACCACGUCUUGGAGCUCGCCCGCGACGAGAAUGCGCUCGAGAUGGGGCGCGACGACGAAGUGCGCGACAUCCAGAAAGAGGGGCAGCGCAUCUUGGACGAGAAGCCGCGCAAGAGCGACAUUGUCGAAGAGAAAUAG